CCCCGGGGGUCGCCGCCUCAGCCCGGCCCGGGGGUGGCGGGGGCGCCUCGGGGGUCCCGGGGAUGCUCGGGGGUCCCUGAUGGGAUUCGGGCUGGUUCCCAGAUUUCCCUGUGGGAUUCGGGAUGGUUCCCAGAUUUCCCUGUGGGAUUCAUUCCCCUGAUAGGAUUUGGGCUGUUUUUCCUGGUGGGAUUCAUUCCCCUGGUGGGAUUCAGGAUGCUUCCCAAAUUUCCUUGUGGGAUUCAUUCCCCUGGUGGGAUUUGGGGUGGUUCCCAGAUUUCCCUGGUGGGAUUUGGGGUGGUUCCCAGAUUUUGGGGGCUCUGCUUCACCACGAGUGGGAAACACACAGAGGGAUCACACUGGGCAUCAAUAUCCCGAUUUAUUUUUCUGGGAAAAUGGGAUUUCUCCAGGGAGAAUGGGAUUUCUUUAGGGAAAAGGGGGUUUUUCCAGGGAUUUCUCCAGAAGAAUGGGAUCUCCCUGGCUGGGGUCUGCCUCCUCCCAGGCCGGAUUCGCAGCUGGGGCUGUUGAUCCUCAGCUCUGCCCUAAAUUCCGAUGGAGGGGAGGGAACAGCCACUCAAAAUCCCUGAAAAACGGGAAUAUUUCAGGCAGGGAAUGGGAAGAUUUGGGGCUCUAAGGAAGAAGAUUUCAGGCUGGGAAUGGAAAGAUUUUUGGGUGGAACUGGGAGGAUUUCAGGCUGUGAACAAGAAGAUUUCAGGCUGGGAAUGGGAAGAUUCGGGGCUGGGAAUGGGAAGAUUUGGGGCUGGGAAGAUCUUGCUCGGAAGUGGGCAGAUUUUGGCUCUCUGGGCACACCUGCUUUGAAGCUGGGCCCUGCCGGUUUUGGGGAGCUGCUCCUUGCAGCCAAGGCUGUGCUGGAAUUCAGCAAAACCAGGGAAACGCAGGAAUGCUCCUUGGGACCCAAACAGAGCCAAACCCCGGGGAGGAGGUGACGCGGGGGGCAGCCCCACGGCGUGAGCUGCAGGGACAGCAUGGCUGCCACCGCUGCCGUCAGCCCCAGCGAGUACCUGCAGCCCGCCGCCUCCGCCGCCCAGGACUCGCAGCCCUCUCCCCUGGCCCUGCUGGCAGCCACAUGCAGCAAGAUCGGCCCCCCGGCCGUGGAGGCCGCGGCCGCGCCGCCGGCGCCGCCCCAGCCCGCGCCCCGCAAGCUGGUGCCCAUCAAACCCGCCCCGCUGCCCCUGGGCGCGGCCAAGGGCGGCAUCGGCAUCCUGUCCUCCAAGGGGAACCUCUUCCAGAUCCAGGGCUCCCAGGUGGGCGCCUCCUACCCCGGGGGGCAGCUGGUUUUCGCCAUCCAGAACGCGGCCGUGCUCAACAAAGGCUCGCGCUCCUCUUCCUCCUCCUCCUCCUCGUCCUCCUCUUCCUCCUCCAACAUCCAGUACCAGGCGGUGCCGCAGCUGCAGCCCGGCGGGGCUCAGACCAUCCAGGUGCAGCCUAACCAGAUCCAGAUCAUCCCAGGCACCAACCAGGCCAUCCUCACGCCCUCCUCUUCCUCGCACAAGCCCGUGCCCAUCAAGCCGGCCCCGGCGCAGAAGGCGGCGUCGGGCGGCGUGGUCAAACUGCCCGGGGGUGGCAACGUCACCCUGACCCUGCCCCUCAACAACCUGGUGAGCCCCGAGGCUGGGCAGGCCCAGCUGCUCACGGACAGCCCCUCCAAAGCCGGCAAAAAGGCUCGCAGGAAGGCCGCGUCCCCCGGGCAGCCCGCCGCCGUGGCCGUGGCCGAGCAGGUGGAGACGGUGCUGAUCGAGACCACGGCCGAGAACAUCAUCCAGGCUGGCAGCAACCUGCUGAUCGUGCAGAGCCCCGCCGCGGGGCAGCCCGCCGUGCUGCAGCAGCUGCAGGUGGUGCAGCCCAAGCAGGAGUCGCAGGUGGUGCAGAUCCCGCAGCAGGCGCUGCGCGUGGUGCAGGCGGCCUCAGCCACGCUGCCCACCGUGCCCCAGAAACCCUCCCAGAACUUCCAGAUCCAGGCGGCCGAGCCCACCCCCACCCAGGUUUACUUCAAGACGCCGUCCGGCGAGCUGCAGACCGUGCUGCUGCAGGAGGCCUCGUCGCUGGCGCCGGGCUCCUGCGGCGGCGCCGGGCCCGGCCGCAGGGCGGCCCCGCGCAAGGAGCGGCCGCUGCCCAAGAUCGCCCCGGCCGGCGGCGUCCUGAGCCUGAGCGCGGCGCAGCUGGCCGCGGCCGCCCAGGCCAUGCAGACCAUCAGCAUCAACGGCGUGCAGGUGCAGGGCGUGCCCGUCACCAUCACCAGCAGCGCAGGCCAGCAGCAGCUGACGGUGCAGAACGUGUCCGGCAACAACGUGACCAUCAGCGGGCUGAGCCCCACCCAGAUCCAGCUGCAGAUGGAGCAGGCGCUGGCCGGGGACAUCCAGCCGGGCGAGAAGAGCAGGAGGAUGGCCUGCACCUGCCCCAACUGCAAGGACGGCGACAAGCGGCCGGGCGACCCCGGGAAGAAGAAGCACAUCUGCCACAUCCCCGAGUGCGGGCGGACGUUCCGCAAGACGUCGCUGCUGCGGGCGCACGUGCGGCUGCACACGGGCGAGCGGCCCUUCGUCUGCAACUGGGUGUUCUGCGGCAAGCGCUUCACGCGCUCCGACGAGCUGCAGCGGCACGCGCGCACGCACACAGGUGACAAACGCUUCGAGUGCGCGCAGUGCCAGAAACGCUUCAUGCGCUCCGACCACCUGACCAAGCACUACAAGACACACCUGGUCACCAAGAACCUGUAGGGUGGGGACAGGGGGCAGCCCCGCCCUGGCCCCACAGCCCUGACCCCACAGCACUCCGGGCAGGGACCCUGGGGGUGUCCCUGGGGCCUCGGGGUCACCCAGAGCCUCCCUGGGACCCCCACAGGCUCAGGGGGUGCCUCAGCCCCUCCCGAUGACCCCACAGGCCCAGGGGUGACCCCACAGGUUCAGGGGGUGACCCCACAGGCCCAGGGGUGACCCCACAGGCUCAGGGGGUGACCCAGAGCCUCCCGUGUAACCCAGAGCCCCCCUGGGACCCCACAGGUUCAGGGGGUCACUCAGAGCUCCCCCAAACUCACAGCGUGUCCCCGAGUAGCCCCAGAGCCCCCCCAGCCCUGUGGGGCGACUCAGAGCCCCCCCUGUGGCCCCCAGAGCCGGGGGGUGCCCCCGAAGCCCCCCGGGUGCCCCCGAAGCCCCCCAGCCCCCCGGGGGCUGCACAGCACAUUCCUCCUCUGUAUUUAAAGCCCCAGCUCCGGGCCCUGCCCCGAGCUCCCUUUUCUACGAAGGCUGCCUUACACUCCCUGUGGAUCAUGAGUGCUUUUCUAAUCUAUUUAAUCCCCUGGGUUUUCUCCCAAAACUCCCUUUUCCCCUCCUCAUGGCCAAUUCCUCCCUCCCAGUUUUUAUUUCCACGCAAUGUUGGCAUUUCCCCUUUUUUUUUUUUAAUUUUAUUUGCAUUUUUGGGACUCCAGCCCUUUUUUUUUUUCCUUUUUCCUUCCCCCUUUUUUUAUUUUCCCCCCUUUUUCCUUCCUUAUUUUUUAU